UAAAGGAAGUCUUUUUAAAAAAAUCAUGAAAGGUGUUUUUGAUAUCUGAAACUAUAUUUCUGCUGCGGGAUGAGAAGCUCAGUCUCUAGACAGAUUGGCCGAUUUGGCAAUGAAGCUUCUCGUCGUUUGUAUCGAGGAGCUGUUGAAGCUGCAAAAAAAUUAGAGCAGCGUUUGGAUUUGUCAACCAAUUUGGCUGAAUUGUUUUCUUCUGAAACUACAGAUCUGAGAAUGAGAUUGAAAGAAUAUUGUGAGAGGCUAAUUUUUACGGAUCCAGUUGAGUAUGGAAAGAAAGCUGAAGACCUUCUGUGGCGAAAAGUAUUUUAUGACUUUUUUAAUCGCUGCAAACAAAACAGAAAGAAAUUAUUAGAUUCAGAAUACUACAGAAGCUCACUCAUAAGUCAUCUUUUAGCUGGAAUAGGAUUUUAUCACCAUAUGCUCCUGAGGAUUCAAACUGAGUUUCAUAUUAAUCUUGAAGGGAAAGUAGAUGCUCCGUUUUUAUGGCACUUGAAAGGUGUUAAAAAGGAAAGGUGGAAAAAGUACCAACAGUCUGCAGCAAGUGAUGGAAAUGUGCGAACGUGGGCUAACCAAGCAUGUCAUCGUAUUUUAAUAUAUCUUGGUGAUUUAGAAAGGUACAUUGCUGAAUUACAUGAGCUUGAAAGUACUCAUUUAGCUGAGAGAUAUUAUCAACAAGCUUUCUGUCUGAACUGCCAGAACGGCACACCCCAUAAUCAACUUGGUUCACUUUAUAACAAUCGGUUUGACUCGGCAUAUCACUACAUGCGAUGUUUAGCUUGUCAAGAAAAGUUUGAUGGUGCAGAAGGAAAUCUAAUCAGAGUGUUUGAGAAAAAUGAAGAGAUAUUAAAACAAAUGUCUUCCUCACAGAAUAUCAGUAAUGAUUCAUCUGAUUGCUCAAAAUUUUUAUCAAGAUUUUUGAAGCUGUGCCAUAUGUUUUAUAUUUCUAGUGGUGAAAACUCUGAAAUUUAUUGCCAAGAUAUUCUUCGGGAAUUCGAUAUCAUGCUCAACUGUUCGCCAGAAAAGGAUAUCUCUGCUGAAGAACUACCUGCUCAACUGUCAGAUAACAUGGUUUUUAAGAUUGUUGUAAUGUCUUUGAUCUGUGUUGCAAAGUGCCAAGAAAAUGGAAACAGAGAUGCAUCUGUUGCCACAGCUUUUUGUUUAGCCCUCUUUUCAUAUAUAGUUCACAGAGCAGCAAAAUGUCUUUUUUCAUCAAUAUAUGAGCAAAGAUUGGAAAUGAAGCCGAAAAAUACUGGGAAUGAAAAUAUCUCGGUGAAACAUGAAACUCCUGCAAAUAAAGAACAGCUAAGUGACACGAGUGGUGAAAGUGAAAUCAGCAAGGAUUUUUCAGCAAAAAAACUAGGAAACAAGAAGAUAGGUAUAAAAAAAAUUUCUUCUAGGCAUCUACGGACACUACGCCGUCGAAGAAAAAUGAGUAGUACUAGUCAAGAAGAUUCUGAAUUAAGUGAAGGUGAUAUAACAGAAUUGCCUGAAUCUGAUGAAGAAAGUGCUUUGUUGAAUUCCGAUGUUAGUCAGACUGGCAGUUGCAGUAGUGAAAGUGCGAGUGAAAAUGAAGAUGACCUUCUCGAAGAGCAAAAUAAAUUAAAUAAUGAAGGGAAACCGAAAAAAGAUAGAAAUUUGGAUAAAAACUUCAUCCAUUCGAAUGGCUUAGCAAAAAAUGAAGGAGACUUAAAAUCAAAAGAAGCAUCUAUUUUGAAUGAAACAGAAAGCUUAGUAUCUUCACAAGUUGAUAGCUUUGAGGAAAUACAGAUAUCUGUUGAAAAGGUGAUUUUGGCCUUAAAGAAAAAUGGUCUUCUUCAAUGCCUAAAAGUUCUCUCUGAUUGGUUGAGAAUUAAUGAAGACAUAUUGUCUGCCUGUGCUGAGAGUUCUCAAUUUCUCAUAUCUCGACUCAUAGAACUUUUGAAUUUACUUUUGAAAAUUGAAGAAUAUCUUGUUUCUUCUAAAGAAUGUCUUAUACGAUUGCAACAAAAUGGAGCCUCAUGGAAGCAAGUGUAUCCUCUUCCAGAAGAUAUUGCUUUGCAAGGACUACCAUUGAUUAAAGAAAUUCAUUCACGCCUUUCAUUUGAUGUUGCCAAAAAACGAGAGCUUUCUUCCUCAUCUCAGGUUUUCCUAAGAAUUCAGUGUUUACUUUCCUUUGGGAGGUGUCUCACACGAGCUUCUGAGUCUUCUGUUGAUUUUGAUGUAGAGAAAAAGAAGUACUAUUUUAAUUUAUGCAAUAAAACUAGAGAAUCCAACAAAGACGUCACUAAUAACCAAGAAUCUAUUCGCCAUAACAUUGAAAGCCAAAGACAGCAACUUAUGCGAAGUAUGGCUCACUUGUGGCUUAAGGCUGAAGUUAAUGAUUUAGAAAAUCUUGUGGAAGGAGGUUCUGCUCCUCAACUUUCUCCAUACUUAGUUUGUGACACCAGUCUUCUUUGCUAUAAUUUGUCAGCAUUACGACAGCUUAUUAUGUCUAAAAGAUUCAUUGUUGUUGUGCCAUUAGUAGUUAUCGCCAAUCUGGAUCAGCUCAAGAAAGAAAGUAUUCAAGCCCGAGAAGCAAUACGUUGGCUGGAAUCAGAACUAAGGAAGGGUUGCAGGUACAUAAGAGCCCAAAGACAGAUGGAGAAAAUAAGUCUUGUUCCAAUGAAGUAUCCAAAAAAGAAGGAAAAAGAAGCUUGGGAUUUCUUCGAAAUAUUAGAGUGUUGUAAUUAUUUAGUGCAGCAACAAACUAAUGGCAAAGCUGAUUGCCCUCUUGUCACUUUGCUGGUAGGCUCUCAACACCAGUUGCCAGAAAAUGCAUCAGCCAUUGCUCAGUCAAUAGAUGUGAUUAUUGAAAAUCUUAAAGGAUUUUUAUUAAAAUGGAGAAGUUAUUCAAAAAAUCCUGGUUGAAGAGCAAAAAGUUGAAAAGUGGGAUUUCCAAAAAAGAAAAAUGACAGCAGUUUAAAAGAGGGAAAUGAAGUUGGAAGAGAAAUCAAUACCCUGAAAAAGAGCAAGAACAGCAUACCAAGUGCUAUUUGUGGAAUACUGCCGUUUUUCUCCCCAAAGAAAAAACUUCUUUUCGACUACUUUUAAGUUUUCAGUUGUUUAAAAAAAAAAUAAA